AUGGUCAUUGCAUUGGGUACAGCGUGGUCCGGUCAGUUUCCACAGUUUUACCACACGUUUCCUUCACGGACGCCACCGCCAAUAGCAUUUAGGCCAUUCUAUCAAGAACCGUUGCUACCACAACGUUAUUUUGUUCACCAACCACAGUUUCGGCAGCCAUUGGACCUAUACCAACCACCGCCUCCAUCGCCGACUAUGAUACGGCCAAAUCUGCAACCUUCACGCGUCUUACCUACCUCUCCAUUGCCGUCGAACCAAGUGACCACGACCGGCGUUCAUCACCACGUGUACUAUUAUUAUUUUUAUUUGCCAUCGAAAGACGGAACACUGACCGGCCUAAGAGAUGGAGACGAUGGUCGAGUGACACGACAGCCAUGCGGCGAUCAUCAUCGUCCCACCACGACUGCCGAAUGUCCACCGGUAUACCUUCCGCCUCCGCCACCUCCGCCAUCACCAACACCACCAACAUCGACUCAAACUCCAAAUCCUACCGUAUCAGUGCCUCCACCGUUGCAAGGGCCUUGCAACGAUGAUACUGUAGUCGUGGACAACGUGGAAUAUUAUCCUUUCAGUAGAACUCCAAUAGUAGUAGCACCAUCGAACGGCGCCCGAGAUGGGUCUGAAAACGGAAGUCGAGACAACUCAGAACAAAAGAACAGGCAUAACACCCAGCCCAACUUCAUUUUGGCCAAUUAUUUGUUGCCACCGGACAAAUGA